CCACCGAGUUGAUUUUAAGUAGCUGUUCACCACCAGCAAGCCAAGAGACAAACCAGCGAAGCAGCCAUGGACAACAAGAUCACGUUCUCCCUCCUGCUGCUAACUUUCACAGGGAUCUCUCAUGAAUCACUUCUGGGCGGAGAGUUGCGGUGUCAGUGUCUCCAGACUGUCCCGGGCUUGGUGUCACCGAAGCUCUUGGUUCAUGUGGAAAUCAUCCCCAAAGGCCCACAGUGCAGCACCAUGGAAGUCAUUGCGACACUGAAGACGAGCCAGCAAAUCUGUUUGGAUCCCCAGGCCAAAUGGGUGAAGAUGAUCAUUAACAGGAUUUUACGCAGCUCAUCCGGCAGGCCGCGCAAAUAGGAAAAGCAGAGAUAAUGCCUAUAACCCCUUGCGGAAUUCUCAGCCCUGAGGUAGCUCCAAGGGCCAGGCUGUUCAUCAUUUGUUUUACUCU